AAAAUCAUGAAAUCAGUAUCUGCUGGUCAAAGAGCCAAUAUAAUGCGAUUCAUUUUGAGUGCCUCCAUUCAGUCGUUGAAAUAUCAUGGUGAAGAUCGUCUUUUCGGUUAUUGGGCUUUUAGCCUGCCUUUUUAUUAGAACUAAAGAAGGUUCGGCUUACUUGCUCGACCCUGAUUGUGCCGUAUCAAGGAUCCGCGGGAAGAUUAUGGGAGGUCGAGAUACAGACAUACUUUCGAAUCCAUGGAUGGUUUUGGUGAUCGCUCCAACACUAGAGACAGGUGUUAAAUUCUGUGGCGGUUCGCUUAUCACUUAUCGCUUUGUUCUGACAGCAGCGCAUUGUAUAAAGGAUGGACCCAUGAAAGUACGCUUGGGGGAAUACGAUAAUCAAUACCACAUGAAAGACUGCAGUUCGGGUAUUUGCAUACCAAGGUACUUUAUAGUUGAUGUCGAUAGGAAAAUGACUCAUAAGGAAUAUAAUGGUCACAAGAAUGAUAUAGGCAUCCUUCGAAUGAGUGAAAUAAUUCCCUACUCAGAUUUUGUGAGACCGAUCUGCAUUCUCAUCGAUGAAGAAAUGGGAAACGUUCCCUUAUUUAGUGUCACCGGCUGGGGUGGAACUCGUACAAGCGAUUCUAGCAAGGUUCUACAAGUUGCUACCUUAGAAAACUUUGAUCGUAACCAAUGUGCGGAGAGUUUACAAUCGGAAUUUGAUGUAGGCCACAUAUGUGCUGGCAGUUAUACCAGCGACUCAUGUAACGGGGAUUCUGGCGGACCACUAAGCGCAGUACGAACCUAUGAGGGUCAUAACCGGACCUUCCAGUACGGUAUUGUCAGCUUUGGCCUUCACUCUUGUGGCGGUUUGGGAGUUUACACAAAUGUAACGCACUUUACUGGCUUUAUCUUGAGAGUUCUUGAAUAUUUGCGAAAUACGUAACUUGAUCAAACGAUUGUUAAAUAAAGAAUUUAUGCAUUUUCAUCUGAA